AUGGCUGAACAAUAUCAGGACAAACUGAAAGAGCUGGAGCUGUUUGGCUCUGUCCCAGCCAUUCAUCUGAGACUCUCGGCACAGCACCCAAGCCUGGGAACCAAAGGUGUCCAAACAGUUCAGAACCAUAAAUCGUGCAGCUUGGCUGAAAGAUCUGACAUAGAGACUGCUCCCAGGAUCAUCAACAUUACGGUGCUGCCAGGCCCUGACCACAUUUUCAGUGCUCGAUGUACAGCGGAAGGGGAGCCCCUGCCCUCCCUCACUUGGACUGGUCCAAGUACUGGCAAUGGCACCUCUACCUACAGCCAGAGCCAUCAGAUCACCAAGGAGCUCCAUGCCCUGGCCCAGGAUGGCCGCUACACCUGCAUCGCCACCAACAGCCUAGGCCACGCUGAGGGCAGCGUCUACUUCUACAAGUUCCGAGCCGCAGGUGACUCUUCGGUGCUUCUGACUCUUCUCUUUGCCCUGGGAAUCAAACUCUUACUGCUCCUGGUGAUCCUGGGGGCCUUCGUGUGCCAGAGCAAAGCAACGCAUUCAGCAGCCCAAGAGACCCUUUCAAGGCCACAGGUUCAGGAGUCCAGUUAUGAAAACUUGCACCACAGCAACAACCGAACCCCACCAGCAGCUGCUGCAGCACAGUGA